AUGACUUCGACGGGCCAAGGUGGUUCGGGAGGACCUGAGGACAAGCAGCCCAGAGGCUUGGCCAAGUUCAUGAGAAGAGCAAGCCUAGUCUUGAGGAGGGACAAAUCUAAAAGGCAGUCCAUGUCCAGUCCCUCGGAACUUGCGCCUGUGAGCGACCCGGUCAUCCCAGUGGAGUCGAGCUCGACUCCAACAAGAAGCCCUCCUGUCACAGCACCAGCAGUGACCAAGGCCGACACCACGCCGACUCUAUCCGUCCCUGCUGGCAUCUCCCAAAUCAUCAAGGAAAACAGACCCAUUCUCGCUGCCAGCAAAACAAGAGGCGCCAUGACGGCCAAAGAGAACCACAUUAUCCAAGAAGAGAAAGCUCGCGCUCUUUUCGCCAAGUAUGGCUUGACAUUAGAGCCUGGAGAGUGGACUGUGCCGGCCACAGUGGGGUUGCCUAGAGUGGAGAAGCAGGUCCGCAUGAGGAUCCAUCGCACCUGCCAUCGGUGCCAGACUACAUUCGGCGCGGACAGGGUCUGCAGCAAUUGUCAGCACACCCGUUGCAAGAAAUGCCCUCGCUUCCCGGGCUCCAAGUCUCAGGUACCAAAGGGCAAAGGACUCGCCGCCGACGACGGGCUAGAGAAGAAGACUGGUGCUCUCACCAUGGUACACCGCGCAAGUGGGAAAGAGAUGACCAGGAGAGCACCGACGCAGCGUGUGCGCAGGACGUGCCAUCAAUGCGAGACACUCUUCCAGGGCAAGGCUACUCAAUGCGAGAAUUGCAAGCAUUUGCGCUGCCCCACAUGCCCACGCGACCCACCUAAAUCCGACAAAUAUCUCGAGGGUUAUCCAGGCGACACCGAAGAGACCUUUCCCUUGGCCAAAAGAGAAAUGAGGAGCAUACGGACCCACGUGAGAUGGAAUUGCGAGAAGUGCGAAACGCUGUUCCAGGAUACGGAGAAGACUUGCGGUCAUUGCGGGCAUGAAAAGUGUAAUGAGUGCCCCCGUCAGCCUCCGAAGACAGUCAAACGAACACUAGACGACGAGGCUGUGAAGAGUGUGGAAGAGCGGAUGAAAACUUUGGAUGUGUCUCCCCAGGCAUCAGCUGCCUGA